UGUGAUGGUUUGGAGGAAAACAUCACUGCUGUUCGCUUGCCUUGAAACUUCUGACCUCAGAAUGCAGCAAUCCAUCAGCUGAUUGAGGAGCAGCAUCUCUGCUGCCACUCAGCACUGGAGGAGCUGGGAUGGUGAACUCCUCCAGUGUGAGGAGCUCUGCACCUUGCUGGUGGGUGGAAGCCCUGACAAACCAGUCUGCAGCUGGCUGAUUAGAGAGGGAAAAUGCCACAAACACCUCCCUUCGCAGCGAUGUUUGACAGCAGCGGCUACAACAGGAACCUGUACCAGACCAAAGAGGACAACUGUGGAGGGCUCUGUUACCACGACAACAAUCUGCUCUCGGGGUCUCUGGAAGCUCUGAUCCAGCACUUGGUGCCCAACGUGGAUUACUACCCUGAUAGGACGUACAUCUUCACCUUCCUGCUCAGCUCCCGUCUCUUCAUGCACCCCUACGAGCUCAUGGCCAAAGUCUGCCAACUCUGCGUUGAGCAGCAGAGACUCAGUGACCCUGGCCUGGACAAGAACUGGACACAAAAGAUUGCACCAAAAAUCCUACAGCUGUUGACUGAAUGGACAGAGACUUUUCCUUAUGAUUUCCGAGAUGAAAGAAUGAUGAGGAACUUAAAGGAGCUGGCGCAAAGAAUAGCCAGUGGGGAUGAGAUGUACCGGAAGAACGUGCAGCAACUCCUCCAGAGCCUGAUUCGGAAGCUGGCCGCCGUUACCCAGUAUGAGGAGGUGCUUGCAAAAAUUGAUGCCACCACAUCCACAGAUCGCCUGACCCUCCUAAAGACCAAGCCCCAGUCCAUCCAGAGGGACAUAAUCACAGUCUGCAAUGAUCCCUACGUGUUGGCUCAGCAGCUGACGCACAUAGAGCUUGAGAGACUCAAUUACAUUGGACCAGAAGAAUUUAUCCAGGCGUUUGUGCAAAAGGAUCCUUUGAAUAAUGACAAGAGCUGCUAUGGAGAGCGAAAGAAGGCUCGGAAUCUUGAAGCCUACGUGGAGUGGUUUAACAGGCUCAGUUACUUGGUUGCAACAGAAAUCUGUAUGCCCGUGAAGAAGAAGCACAGAGCAAGAGUGAUAGAAUAUUUCAUUGAUGUGGCACGGGAAUGUUUUAACAUUGGCAACUUCAAUUCCCUAAUGGCUAUUAUUUCUGGCAUGAACAUGAGUCCUGUGUCUCGACUAAAGAAAACAUGGGCCAAAGUGAAGACAGCCAAAUUUGAUAUCCUUGAGCAUCAGAUGGACCCUUCUAGCAAUUUUUAUAAUUACCGAACUGCUCUGCGUGGAGCCACUCAGAGGUCCCUGACAGCUCACAGCAACAGAGAGAAGAUCGUGAUUCCUUUCUUCAGCCUCYUGAUCAAAGACAUUUACUUCCUCAAUGAGGGUUGUGCCAACCGCCUUCCGAAUGGUCACGUCAAUUUUGAAAAAUUUUGGGAGUUGGCAAAGCAAGUCAGUGAAUUUAUGGCCUGGAAGCAAGUGGAGUGUCCUUUUGAAAGGGAUUGGAAGAUUCUGCAGUACUUGCUGACUGUCCCAGUCUUCAGUGAUGAUGCACUUUACUUGGCUUCCUAUGAAAGCGAAAGUCCCGAGAACCACAUUGAAAAGGACAGAUGGAAGACACUGAGGUCAGCGCUGCUGGGCAGAGUSUAGAGCACACGGUGUCUGCUGUUGCUGUGCUGUGCGGAUUGCCGAGGGGCAUGGCUUGGAUUAUUUCCCUGUGCGCUGAGUGGCACUCAGAAUGAUGAAAGAUGUGCAGUCAGUUGCGAUAUCGUGGCAGCAAAGAUGAAAGAAGUUAAUUCAAGAACAAACAGGCAGCUUCGCCCAUCUGCCAGAUGAGAUGAAAUCACAGCCCACUCAGCUGGGAUUCAGGCUGAAGUAUUGAUUGAGAAUCCUUUGAAGAUCUCAGAUGCYGCCCAUGAAUCAUUUCACACCUGGAUGGAAUAUUCUUCCUUUCCUUUCGCUGCAGCUUGUGCUACAAGGACUCUGCAGAGCUGCUUCAAGGACUCACGGGAGUUAUGGAGGGGAAAUAUUCACCAUUCCUUGCAGUGAMACCCAAGUCUGCAUUGAAGAGCUCCCAUUCCUGAUAAGCUGAAUAUAUCCCAGAARUCUGGGAUUACUAAGAAGGGAAAGAAAUGGACACAACAAAUUGGCUGCUGAGGAGAAUUUCUCCCUACCACUGUAAUGGUGGCUGGGUUUUUUUUUCUUUUUCCAAUGUGUUUUUGAGUUGGCUGCUGGCAGACAAACUCAUUAUUAUUCUAAGUUAUUUAAAAAAUAUAAAGUAAUAAAAAUCAAGGCUGUGGUAGAAAAUACACCUGCUAUGAAAGGAUAGUAGCUCUACAACUUCUAGGGAGGCUUUUUYUGUAGUUCAGUUCUUUAAAACUAACCACUACAUGUUACAGACAUUCUUAUUUUUACUGUGCGGUUUUGUUACUCCUWAUUUUCCAUACUUGGCCUUCUUCUUAUAUUAGGUUGGACAAGCUGGCUUUUCUAGAAUAGUCCUUGAGAAACUGGCAUACAAACUGUUUUGAAAUAUGAGAGUGUGUUUUUAUUAAGUAAUUUUUAUAACUGCUUUUUUUUGAAAGGGUAACAGUGGAGAACACAAUCCACUUUGAUUGAAAUAGCAAGAUGACAAAAAGAAAAAAAGAGGCUUCUUCUCAACUCCAGCUAUGAACAAAACAGUCUUCCUGUGUGUUUGCUUUAGGGAUUAUAUUUAUGACUGUGAAGUAGUUUGCUGUGUUACACACCUAAUAAGUUUUUAGUAACUCUGAAUACUUAGUCACUCUACCUGUCCUAGGAGGAACCUGACUGAAAAAAAAUACUGAACAGAACUGUAGCUAUAGAUCACCCUGGAUACAAAAAUCAAUAAGCAAAGUACAUCCUUGGCAAAAAAAGAAAUAAAACAAACAAACUUAUUUGCAAUUAUUCUGCUACUGUUGUNAAAAAAAAAAAAAAAAAAAAAAAAAAAAAAGUAAAAAUAAAUAUAUUUAUUUGUUGCACUGCAUCUCUUGAGUUUCCAGGUAAGGUGGUUUUUAUGUUCCAUCCAUGCCUUUUUUCCAUCCAUGCCUUUUCAGGAAAAUAUUUUAAUUUUGAAUUCUGUAGUAACAUGCUGAAAAGCCUUCAUUAAGGGGGGGGGUACUGUCCUUUGCUGGUACCGGGGGCUGGGAGUCACUGAGUUACAUAUUCCACGAGGAGCAGCAACAGGGCCUCGAGCCUGACAGAGAAGGUUUCCUCUCCUCCUUUCCCAUUCCCUCAGCUGGGGUGAAGGAGAAAGAAGAGACCAGCUCUUGGAAAGGAGAAAGCUGCUUCUGCUGUGCACAGAUUUGCCUCCCAGCUUUCAUCAGGUGAGGUUUUUCCCAUUUUCCUCUCUACAUCUUUCCCCUGUUUUUGAGGUUUGUGCCUGGUGCUUGAAAGGGGAAUGCAAAUCCCCAACCUCUGGCAAGCCAGAGCUGCUCCUUCAGGCAUUAUUUAGCUCAGUGGUUGAUGUUUGAGCUUUACCAYGCACUGUGCCCUCUGCUCCAUCCCUUGGUGCAGCCACCGUGCUGGGCUGUAAUUCUGACCAUGCUGAGCACUGUCGGGCUGCUGAUGCAGCUGGAAACAGCCAUUCACACCUGUCCAUGGUUAAUGGGAGAGAAAAGAACUCAUUCUUCUGCAGUCGAGCUGCUCCCAAAGGAAACAUCACAGGCUCUCAGAAAUGAGGAGUUAUCAGAACUCAUUAACUACAGGCUGAGUGUUCAGGCAGGACUGAAAAUCCCAGCUCAGUGCUGACAGAUGCUCAGUGUUUAAUGGGGACAGAGGCAGCACCGAUGUCUCCUGYACAAAUGGCUCAAACUUUACUCGUUUCUGUGUGGUGCACUUUCUUCUCGUGGCACAGAGACCAAAGCUCCGGCUCUUAUGGAUCCGUAUGAAUCAACUUGCUCAAAAAAGUCUGUAAAUGUCUGGCUAAACCCACAAGAACUACACCAUCCUUACCCUACUAAACAGCUAUUUCCCUGUUCUCCUAUUUGGAAAAAUCUUCAUGGUGUCAUUGUGAAAAGAACAGUCAGAUGAAUGUAAAAAUGCACAAGAGCCUAUUUACAGCUGUCAUGUCUAAAAGAAAAAGUAAGAACCUCUAUAUAGACGUGGGUAUUUUGUAUUUGUGUUGGAUUUUUUGUCAGCCUUCCCAGACAGACUGUUCUUGACAGAGCUGAAACUGGUACUUGAUCUAGCAUUAAAAKAGACAAAUAGGCUAGUAGCAAAAUGUGAUUCAUUUUCCAAGACUUGUGUUMUUCUAGGGAAUAUUCCAUGUCAUUUUGUGAGGCUUUCCUUACCUACACACUUAGUUGUGUGUAGCAUACUCUUGUGGGCUUCCUGUACUAUUUUUGCUGGAAAAGAGGAAUAAUCCUUUUGUAGUGCACCAAUGUCUGCUUUUUCUCCCAGCUCCUCUGUCUGGUCUUGGCAGCCUCCCUGUUUAAAGGGAAGGCAUGUGCUAAGCUGACACUUCACACUCGAAGAACUGAUCRAGUUCAGUGAGCUUAGAAGUGAGAGCUUGGUACCAGGACAGGCAUCAUUUGAUACCCACUGACACUUCGUUGUCAUUGCACUGUGCUGCAUAAAGCUCUUAUGAAAUGUGGGGUUUUUUUUUCUUUUCUUUCCCCUUUAUUAGAAAGUUAUAGCUAGAGUAUGACCCAAAAGGAUGUCUCACUAUGAGCCAAGUAACUACURUGUCCUUUUUGUUCCUUUUCAGGAAGAAAAAUCCAAAAUAUAAUGUGAAUAAAGCAAUUGGCUUUUGUCUGAAUGUGAAGGACUCUGUGGGGCCAGAUUAUCUGCUUUCAUUUAGUUUUUCUCUCCCCUGUCUUGUGAAUUCCAGAGGUUGGAAGGGGAAGUGGUUCUUAGGGGGACUUCCAGCUGCAGGGGAAAGGAGCAUCUGGAGCCAGUGUAUUCCAGGGAGCAAUAAACCAAGUGAAAUACCUUUGGGUGUUACAGCAGGAUCCUCUGCAGGUCCCCAAGUCUGGCCUAGUGGUCAAAAGAUUAAAUAGCUUUCCUGGCAUUGGCCAGUCCUUAUUGUCUGACAACUCAACAGCAUUUGCAUGUGGACUGUAAAUCCACUGCUUUUUAAAUAGGUUUUCCUUGGGAGAAAGGUAUAUAUAGAAAUAAAUAAUUAGGGCUGGGAGAAAAUUAUUUCAGAAGGAGUCAGACUUUCCCUUGACCCCUUCAUCUCUGGACASUUCAGAGAGUUGAAUUUUGCUUUUCCACAGAAGUUAGAAGGGGAUCUGUGAAGUGAUAGAAAAGAGAAUCUCUCUCAUAAGAAAUGAAUUGGCAUCCCUUUCCUGAGGCAUAUCACAAAACUGUGGCCAGCAGUGUUUGAUAGAAAGGAGUGCCAGCAGUAAAAGUUCAGGUCACAGUAGUUCAUUUGACAUGCAUAUGUUGAAUUUCAGGUUUGCUGCCUAAGAAACUCAACUCAGAAAUACCAUAGUGACCGUCUUGUAAAGGGAGUCAGAGAUAUUUAAUAUCUGCUGCCAGGCUUGAGAGGAAAUAACAUCUAAUGUCAUCAAGAGUAAAUUAACAGUAUGACAGCAGAAGUUUACGUGAAAUCCAAGCAAUCAGUAGGAAAAGUUUGGAAAAAUAGCAUGUGAAACAUGAGGUAAAACAAGUAAAGGAUAUUUAUUGGGCUGCAUAUAAAGUUUCUUCCUCUUGCUGUUGCUAGGGUAACAAUCUACUCUGAUGCUAAUAAAGGAGAACAUUACUGUUUCUCCUUAAUUUCUGUUUGAACAAACAUACAAUUUUUUGGGUACUUCUUUCUGUUUGGGAGUUCAGGAUCAGGUCUAGAGGAGGAAGUAGCAGGUGAUGCUCCUUGACCCCUGCGUGACUCAGUUUGAUAAUCAUCAAAAUUAGAACUCAGAGGUUGUUUGCCCCCCAUAAAAAAUGCUUACACCAUUACAUACUCUCAGACAACCUCACAGAGAACAGGUUUCAUUUGAAGAUCUAACCUGAAUUUGGAGGGCUGAGCCUUAAGGAGACCUGAUCUGUAAAUCUCUAUUUCAACAGGUUUAGUGAAAACUUAAAACAGCAAUACAUGUUGAGGUGCUUUUCACAAACGAUUAAUGAAAAUAUAUUCUGGAGUAAUAUUGACAGGGUGUGUCAUUAUUAGAUUAAGUUUCAAAAAAAAAGGUAAGUGUAUGAGGASAGUGUGUCACAGUGUUAGUUAUUUAACAGAUAGAAUUUUUCUUUCCUCGUACAAAAUCAAAUUCAGAUUCAUUCCAGAAGGUUGAUUUCAUAAUAUAGAUUUUCAGGUGCAACUUUUGAUGUGCUAUUCWGUGUUUGUUACRCUUAAGAAACAGUCAGUUGCCACCYUUAGAAGUGAAGUGUGAAUUUAUUUAAGUCCCCUAMAAAUUUUGUUUUAUAUUAUAGUAGCAUACUUGAUUGGAUUGUUUAAGUGCUGCUUUUCUUCUCAAAAAAUAAAGCUCUUUCCUUUUUAUUAACUGCCUUUGGCAGUCAUAGCUACAUAAUGUCUUGUGAAGAGUAUCAGUUGGUGUAUCAGUAUUUAGCUGGCUUUCGGUGAAAGGAAGGGAAGAGCUGCACUUCGGUUAUCUGCAGCACGACUGAGAGAUCAUUUUCAGUUAAGUGUUACACGAUUGUUCUGUUUACAUCCCUUACUUGUAGUCUGCUA